GCGGGGCUGGAGCAGGACGGGGUCAUCGACGGCUUCAUGACGCACUACCUGCGCGAGGGCGAGCCGCACCUGAACUCGGCCCACGGGCACAUGGCCUGCUACUGGGACGGCUCGGCGCACUACCUGAUGUACCUGGUCAUGGUGGCGGCCAUCGCGUGGGAGCGAGGCCGGUUCCGGCGAGGCGGGAGGCCAGCCCCUCCACGCCCCGUGGGCCAGGUGCAGGGCAGCGAGGGCUCACCUGGCGACCGGGGCCGGCAGUUCUGGUCCGCUCACCGCGCGCCCAGCAGCCCCGGAAACCAGCCCGUGCUCGGGUCAGCGCCUGCCCACUGGGGCGACCGCCUACCGGCAGCGGGGCGCAAUCUGGGAAGAACCCCGGGAGCCCCGCAAAGCCCCAGCUCAGCCGCGCCCGUUUCUGACCCGCAGGCCCAGUUUUGCCACAUGGGCGCGUCGCUGCACGCCAGGACGGCCUACGCCCACAGGGUCCCUGAGGAGGCCAAGAGCCUCUUUUUGGCGUUGAACGCAGCGUUCGGGGUCCUCCCUCAGCUGCUGGCCUGGCGGUGCCUCUACAGCCCCGAGUUCUUCAUCCAAAGGGAAGCUGAUGAAAAGGCUGAAUAAAGAAGCUACUUCUGCCCUUCCUCUGUGGGUCUCUGUGCGCCGUCCCGGCCUGCCAGCCCCUGCACCCCCACACUGGGUCCCUGCGCCCCGUCACUCAUGGAGCACGGGUGCGGCCCUGCGCCCCCUGCACCCCCACACUGGGGCCCUGCCCCCGUCACUCAUAGAGCACGGGUGCGGCCCUGCGCCCCCUGCACCCCCACACUGGGGCCCUGCGCCCUCCGCCCCCACAUGUUCUUACCGCACCGCGUGGCGAAUUCGCCUUCUGAAGGAAAACUGAAGGCAGAACUCCGGCUGCGGCCUGCACGUGUCGGGGUCCCCAUGGGCCGAGGGCGUGUCGGCGCCCCGGCGGGGCCCCGAGAACCGCCUCCCCGGAGGGGUCCCUCACGCUGUUGGGAAAAGCGCUUCCCCGGAAUUCGUCGCAAGGCGCUGGGCGCUGAGCAGCCGGACCCACACUGGGCCCUGGCCUGCUGCUGGCCGCAGCUUCCCACGGUGUUUCCGUGUGCUCUGUCAUACGGUUUUUUGACUUUUAUGAAGACGAAUGUUAUUAAAUUUGCCACAUCUUGAUUUUUUUCAGAGAAGUUGUACUCCUUGGGUUUGUCAGUUCUGUGUUUUAAUUCAGUGUCAUCUGUGCUCUCUACCAGUGUGCGAUGAGUUAAAUUUUAUUACGUUUAAAUAAAUUAACGCUCAAAAUUAAAAGUGCCCUUUCAGGAAGAACAACUGAUUGCCCGGCUGUCCCUUAGUGACAGAGGCCGGAGCGUGCUGGAUGGGAGACACCGAGCACAGCCAGAGCCGGCAGUGACCGCGCGGGCGGCGCCCCCAGCUGGGGCUACCCCAGCACCCCUAUGCGCCCCCCAGCCCCGCCCGCGCCCAGGCACAGAGCUGCUCCCCGCCCCCCUCACCCAUCGGCUCUUCGCCGGCGGGGGCACGGUGAGCUGUGCAUGCGGGUGGCCGCGGGUGACCCUCCGACACGCCAGGCCUCCCGGCCCCCCCAGUUCCAGAAAGCUUCAAGAGCCAGAGGGGGCGCAGAGAGGAUGGGGCGCCCCCGCGGGGAGGCGCUC